AUGCUCUUGUCCAAGCCUUACGCCGUGGCUUCCGCCGCCAGUCUCAUCUCUCCUGUCAUGUCCCUGUCCCUUCCACAGUACAAGGGCCUCAAGACAUCCCUCAACUCGAGCAUUCUUCAAGUCACCUUUCACAACCCGUCCUCUCCUGUCAACUUAUGGAAUCAAGAUACCCAGGACGACCUCACCGAUCUCGUGUCCCGACUGCAAAAGGACGAGGAAACCAAGGUUGUCAUCUUCAAUAGCGAUGUCACCAUUGGUGCUGUGGAAGGUCGAGCUCGAGGCGCGGGUAAUGAACUCCUUGUCGCCUUGGAUAUGCGGUUCGCAACCAAGACGGAUACAGUUUUCGGCCAGCAAGAAGUGGGCCUUGGUUUGUUCCCAGGCGGUGGUGGCAGCCAGUUUCUCCCAGGCUUGAUCGGUAGGGGUCUCGCAAUGGAGUAUAUUCUAAGCUCCAAGGACAUAUCGGCCACUGACGCUGAGAAGAUUGGCUGGAUCAACAAGGCGUUCGACACCUCUGCCGAUCUGUACGAAUACAUUGAGAACUUGGCCACUCGGCUCAGCCUCUUCCCCUUGGCUGCCCUGCACGGAGGCAAGAAGAGCAUCAAUCACGCCUCAGCACCAUCUCGAGAGGACAUCAUCGCAGACGCCAAGGCCUACUUCACGCAAGUGCUGGAUCCUCUGACUCAGGAAAUCGCCAAGAACACAGCAGAACUAAUCGCCAAUAUAUCGGUCCUGGGCUUUGAGCUCAACGUUGGGGAGACUAUUCCGUUGAUCUAUGCUUAA